CUGCGCGCGCGAGCGCAGGCAGCCAAGCUAGCCACACCACCACCACCACCUCCACCACCAUCGCCGCCGCCGAGCAGGCGCCGGGCAUUCUUCGGUUCUUCACCGCCACAGCGCACCGAACACGAAAUUAAGCAGCGAACACGAAGAUGCUCCCCCGGGCGGCGGGGAACGACGAGACGACGAGAGAGGGAGGAGAGACGAUGGGGCUGGAGUCGCUGGACCUCCUGGGACUUGGCUUGCUGCCGCCGCCGCCGCCGACGAUGGGCCACGUACGGAGGUGGUUCAUCGGCGCAGCAGCAGCGGCCGUAUGAGAAGACGGGCAGCUACGACGACGAGCCCCUAACUGCCACCGAGACGACCCCUUUGACGUUGACGACGACGGUGCGGCGCCGGCCGCCCGUGGACGUGGACGACGGCGUCCCUGCACCUCCGGCGAGCAUGCCGCCGAUAUUGCAGCAGCCCGCGUGGGCGCCACCAGCUCAGGCGUCGUCGUCGUCGUCCCCGAAGCUCGGUUCUUUCAGGGGGGUCUGCUUUCAGGUUCCGUCGCCGACGCCUACCAGUGAUCAGCUGCUGGCCGCCGCCGCCGGCCAGCAGGGCAGGGCGCACGCCGUGGCCACGCGUGCGCCGCCGCUGAUGCAACGUGCUCCCUGCCCCUGCCCUUGCCCCGCCGUAGGCGGAUUGUUUCUUGGCAGCACCAGCUGCAGGCCGCCGCCGGUUGCCGCAGGACGACUCAUCUUUGAGGGCUCCGGCUCCGGCUCCGGCUCCGGCUCCGCGGCAGCAGCACGGACACGGAGCAGUCAUGACGAUUCCACCGCGCCAAUGACGAUAAUCUACGCGGGCUCUGUGCGUGCAUACGGCGGUGUUACCUUGGAACAGGCCGAGAAGAUCCUGGCUAUGGUAGCAAAGGAGGCUCGUGCUGCAGGAAUCCUGGCAGAGCCGCAUCAGUUAGAACUAGUUGCUGCACCCACACCCACAGCCACAGGUGAUGAUGAUGCGGCGCUGAUGACAAUGCAUUACUGGAGAUUGGCUCAUCAUCAUGUCAACGAUAGGCCGAGAUCAGUAGUGCAGCAGCGACGACGACGACGAUGCUGCAUCAUCAUCACCCUCGCAGAGACGACGACAGAGAUCAGGAAUGGUUCUUCCCUGCUGCACAAAUAAUGGACGACGCCACGGUUUCGGCAAGAACCAGCGCCUCGCUUGGCGGCAUGGAUCGGCGGCCAGGGGCCUCCCAAGAUCAUCCCAAGAGAAUGAAAACAAGUCAUGGUGAAGAAGAUCAGGCAACCGUGAGCACUGAGCUGAGGAUCUAGCUGAUGGGGCACAGCGCUAGCAUCGUCCCAUCCAGCUGUUUGUUCAAAGCCGCUUCUCUGAGUGGGGACAAUCCAGGCCAAAUCAUGGAUUUACUUGCUAUGGCGGCCGGGUUGAUCAGCAUGCACUGGAUUCAAAGCUUCUCAUCUGACUCUAGUCUUUUAUUUAUUUUGACUUCAUUUCGUUUCCUGGCCACAUUCUUGCUUUCGUUGUUUUUUUGUUUCUUUUCUUUUGAGCCGCACAUUCUUGGGUUCAUGGAUUCAGGCAUCAGAACCCAUUUCCAGUUUAUCCAAUCGAUAAAAAAAAACUUGGGGACCGUCAGUUCCCUAAUAUUUUGUACUAUAAGAUGAUCAGCUAACCUUUGUCUGCUAACAGUAACUAUUAAUUGGUAAUUGCACAUAUUCUCCGCAGGCACAGUUUUUGGGGGCUCGAUCAUGCUAGAAAGAACGUAGGUAGUAAUUUUUAUUUUUUCAGACUUGCAUUUAUUUGUUCAUGCUAGAGAAUGUAGUGAUUUUAUUUUUACACUUUGCGUGUGUUUGGUGCUAGUAAAUUCUAGAACUGGUGUUGUACCUGCAGCUCACUGUAACUACUAACUGCACAUCUUUUCGGUAAAUGUAACAAAGUUUUUGGGCCCUUGAGAGAAAGGAUGUAAAUUUCUAGGCCUACAUGUGUCGUCAGUUCUAUAACCGGUGCUAUACCUGCUCACUGUAACUGCAAUAAAUUGAGCA